AUGCCGAAGCGUGCUCCGUUCGACCUAUUCGACACCAGAAAGAAGAUGAACAACAUCAAGCUUUACUCUCCUUUGAAAGCUUCAGAAGUGGAGAAACGAUGGACGCUGAAUGAUUUUGAUAUCGGGAAGCCCCUUGGAAGAGGAAAGUUCGGCCAUGUCUACCUGGCCAGGGAAAAGAAGAGUAACCAUAUCGUGGCAUUGAAAGUGCUUUUCAAGAGCCAGCUCAAACAAUCUCAAGUUGAGCAUCAACUGCGACGUGAAGUUGAGAUACAAAGCCACCUCCGGCAUCUAAACAUAUUACGCCUAUAUGGUUACUUCUAUGAUCAGACUCGAGUUUACAUGAUACUGGAAUAUGCAGCUAACGGUGAACUCUACAAGGAACUACAGAAGUCCAAAUGCUUCAGUGAGAGGCGAACUGCUACAGUGAGUUCUUUGCAAACACACACUAACGGUUAUCAGUGUAUGAGCUUUUAUCUAUUAUUGCCAAUGAAGGACUAACACUCUAAUAAUGUACCCAUAGAAUUUGCAGUUCCUUUCUCACUGUAUGUACAAGUGUUGUGCAUUUGCAAAUUUAUUGAGGCUAGUG